CCACCACCCGCUACCCCACGCUCAACCCCGGCUAUUCAGCCAUCGGCGGGUUCGGGUUUGUCUGCAAUGGGUACGGAUGGCUAAGCUCGGAUGGGGACGUUACGCCGAUUGUCGGACGGGCGAGGGGAUUUAGCUAGCCCCAGCUCCUUCUUCCCUCGUUCACAUUGAUCAAUUGACAUAUCACGAAACUUGGACUGUGCUCGUUAGAAUCCAAGCACUUGCAAACACGCCCCAGUACGAAUCUUCCAAGUGUCCGUUGCUUUCACCACGCGACCAAGACUUUCCUUGCAGCAACUAGCCAACCUUCCACUAGACCGCCCACCAUGGAGGUUGACAGAUCUCAGCGCAAGCUCUGGGAGCACCCAAACCCCAAAAGCACACAGAUUUGGGAGUUUAUGCAAAAGGCCAAUGCCAAAUUUGGCCUAAAUAUGCAGGACUUUGAUUCCCUUAACGACUGGUCUUGCAAGAACAGAGCAACAUUCAACGGAUUUUUGUGGGAAGAGCUGCGUUUGAUCCAGGAGGGAUCGUACACACAAGUGGUUGACGAGUCUAUCCCUGUAAACGAACUACCCAGGUGGUUUGAAGGCCUUCGAGUAAACUGGGCGGAGAACCUUCUUUGGAGCCGCGGCCCCAACGAUGCGCCUGGUACCAAGGGCACUUUUAACAAAGAAGAUGAUCGUAUUGCAUUGACGGAAAUCCGCGAGGGCAUUUCUUCGGUUCGAAGCGUUACCUGGAAGCAACUGAGACAUAGUGUCGGCCAAGUGGCCGCAGCGCUGAAGCACCAUGGUCUAAAGCCUGGUGACCGUGUUGUUGUGGUCGGAGCGAACUCGUUUGAUACUCUUGUUAUCUUCGUUGCAACUAUUUGGCUUGGUGGUAUUAUGAGCUUGAGUUCGACAGAUAUGGGUGUCAAUGGUAUUCUACAGCGAACCGUGCAGAUUAACCCCAAGUUCCUCUUUUUCGAUGAUGGCGCACUGUACAACGGCCAUAUUCUCGACUUGCGUGGGAAGAUCAAGGGCGUCACCGAGGGUCUGCGUGAAUGCGACCAGUUCCAGAAGAGCAUUGUUAUCAGACGAUUUGACAAGCCAUACGACACCUCUUCUAUUAACAAGACACAGAGACUGGAAGAUUUCAUCUCCUCAACGCCGGACCUCACUCCGCCCCCAGUCGUCCGACUUGGAUUCCAAGACCCCAUGGCUAUCUUUUACUCUUCUGGCACAACAGGAAUACCCAAGGCCAUUGUUCAUGGUGGUGGCACCACACUGAUUUCCUCUCUUAAGCAAUCAAAACUCCACCGAAACCAAACAUGCAAGGAGAUUGCCUUGCAGUACACUACAACCGGGUGGAUUAUGUAUAUGAGCAACCUGGCGUCAAUGCUGCUCGGUGCACAAUGUGUCCUCUACGAUGGUUCUCCGUUUAUGCCCGACCACAAAGUUCUACUAAAGAUCAUCGAGAUGCAGAAAGUCACCAUGCUCGGAAUUAGUCCUAGAUACUUGAGCGAGAUGAUCAAGAAUAACAUUGUGCCGCGCGAGGUGGCUGAUUUAUCCAGCUUGGAAGUCGUCGUAUCGACGGGUAUGGUACUGCCCGAAGUCAUGUUUGACUGGUUCUACGACGUCGGCUUCCCACCUACAGCACUACUGGCCAACAUUGCUGGCGGAACAGAUAUCGCUGGUUGCUUUGUUAUGGAUAACCCCCUCAAGCCGCUUUACCGUGGCGGCUUUAUGGGCCCUGUUCUCGGCACCCCAAUUGCUAUUUACGAUCACGACAUGGACGAAGGAAGUGUUGGAAAAGAAGUCCCAGUCGGCAUGCCUGGUGAUCUGGUUGCCAUUGCGGCCUUUCCCAAUGUUCCCUUGUUCCUCUGGAAUGACGGCCCAGUGGCGCCUGGUAAGAAAUACAACAAUGCCUACUUUGGCCGUUUCCAGGGCGUGUGGACGCAAGGCGACUUUUGCCAGAUUGAUCCCAAGACUGGAGGUCUGCAUAUGCUCGGACGUUCAGAUGGUGUUCUAAACCCUAGCGGCAUCCGAUUCGGCAGUUCUGAUAUUUACUCGGUCAUUGAACACUCGUUCCCGAAGGAGGUGGCGGAGAGCUUGUGUGUUGGGCAGCGCCGGCCACAGGACCACGACGAGACUGUUGUCUUGUUCCUCAUCAUGAAGCCUGGCCACAAGCUGGACAAGAAGAUGGUGCUGCGCGUUAAAGAUACUAUUGCUAAGGCGUUGACAAAGCGCCAUGUCCCCAAAUACAUCUUUGAGACGCCAGAGAUUCCCACCACUGUCAACGGGAAGAAGGUCGAGUUGCCUGUCAAGAAGAUUAUCUCGGGUGAAACGAUCAAGCCUAGUGGUACGCUUCUUAACCCACAGAGUCUUGAUUUCUACUACCGGUUCCAGAAGAUUGAAGAGCUCCAGAGCCCUCAGGCGAAGCUAUAAGCGAGCACGGCUGGAGUGGAUAAUGGAGACUUUGCUACUACUAAAGUAAAUAGAUAAACGAAUGAAGAAAUGAAUACAUUGAGUUGCACAAUUUGGUAUGCCGGUUUGUCCCAGAAAAUAAGAAAAUGCCUUGGUCGCCUCCUCCUUAAAAUACAACAUCUCACAUAGAUGGCCGUUCCGACUUUCUUGUCGCCUCUGUAGCGAACUUUCCACCAUGUAUACCAUAUCGCCAGACCAUGUAUCCAGCCAUACCACCCACGCUACCUAAUCCCGCCGCUCCAAGAACGCCCUUCCAUCCCAUCGUGGCCAUUGCCGGCCUGUUGCUGCCCUUGUUCAGCAUCGACACCAAUGCAGCCGUCGCACCCGCACCCAUUCCCGCAUAUGUCCAGUCGUCCGUCUCAACCUGGCCUCUAUUCUCGAGCAGACGCCAGCUUCUAUCCUGCCAUUCAAUAGUUUCACGCCCCCACAUGCGACCAACCAACCCGACGCCCGUGAUGCCCAGUGUGAUGAGGAUGGAGCUGGACGCUGAUUUGAGCAGUCUUGCGCCAAAGGACGCCGUGGAUGCGCCGCGCAGAGCAGGGAUUAGCGUGCGAGUAGUCGUGAUGCCGAUUCCGAUGAUGGAUCCAAGCGUUACGGCUCGAGUAGCGACGUGGACUGUGAGAAUGGCAUGGCCGAGAGGCUGGUCUUCGGCAUAGGCGGAAUGUGGCCAGUAUCGUGACAUGGCGGGCGUGGCAAUGUAUGCCGUAGGUUUGUUUGUGCUUGUUUUGUUUAAUUGAUUAAAACACAGGGUUUCGUUGUGAAGUACCAGUGAGAAGAGAAGAAGUGCGGAUUUAUAGGUUUAUAAAGAAGUUAUGAAAUACGAAAAGCGCUUGCGUGGGCGGGCGGCACGGGAUAACGCUGUCAGCUUCCGGCAGACGAGUGG